UUAAGUAGACUUUUUCAAAAAGAUUCCUGCAGUAUUCUGAGGCACUCCCAGAAGGUGAAACCCCAGACGCUUCCCAAGAUGUACCUCAGUGCUGCAAAUCACCGCUUACCUCUGCAUGAUGGAAAUAGCAUUCCUAUCAUUGGACUUGGAACUUACUCAGAACCUAAACUGACCCCUAAGGGGACCUGUAAGAAGUCAGUGAAGGCUGCCAUCGACAUAGGGUACCGGCACAUUGACGGGGCCUACCUUUACCAAAACGAGCAUGAAGUUGGCGAGGCCAUCAGGGAGAAGAUUGCGGAAGGAAAGUUGCAGAGAAAGGAUAUUUUCUACUGUGGAAAGCUGUGGGCUACAAAUCAUGACCCAGAGAUGGUCCGCCCAACCCUGGAAAGGACACUCAAGGUCCUCCAGCUAGAUUAUAUAGAUCUUUACAUCAUUGAAAUACCCAUGGCUUUUAAGCCUGGAGAUGAACCAUAUCCUAAAGAUGAGAAUGGCAAAUGGAUAUAUCACAAGUCAAAUCUAUGUGCCACUUGGGAGGCUUUGGAAGCUUGCAAAGAUGCUGGCUUGGUGAAAUCCCUUGGAGUAUCCAAUUUUAACCGCAGGCAGUUGGAGCUCAUCCUGAACAAACCAGGACUCAAACAUAAGCCAGUCAGCAACCAGGUUGAGUGCCAUCCAUACUUUUCACAGCCAAAACUCCUGAAAUUUUGCCAACAACAUGACAUUAUCAUGAUUGCACAUAGUCCUUUGGGGACCUGUAGGAAUCCAGCCUGGGUGAAUGUAUCUUCCCCACCUUUGUUAAAGGAUGAACUUCUAAAUUCACUGGGAGAAAAGUACAAGAAGACAGCCGCUCAAGUUGCUUUGCGUUUCAACAUACAGCGAGGAGUAGUUGUCAUUCCUAAAAGCUUUGACCCUGAACGGAUCAAAGAAAACUUUCAGAUCUUUGACUUUUUUCUCACUGAAGAGGAAAUGAAGGAUAUUGAAGUCUUGAAUAAAAAUGUCCGCUUUGUGGAACUACUCAUGUGGAGUGAUCAUCCAGAAUACCCAUUUCAUGAUGAGUAUUGACCUUGGAGUGCUCCUGAACCGACCCUUUCACCCCAUGUGUGCCAAGGCCUUGGGUUGGGUGGAUCCCCCAGAUUUAGAAUCGGGACAGGUUUCACUAUCCUCACAUGAAGUGGUAAUAGAAACACACUUGAAUAACUUUUGUGUAAUGUACUGACUGAGCACAGUUGAUGAAAAAAAUGUUUAAAUCUGUUGAAAUAAUUGUAAAUUAUCAGCUAAUAUCUUUAAAUCAAUGUCUCCUGGGUUCUAAAAAAAAUUAGGCUCUAGUGAAGACUUCACAGGCAACACUUGAAGACAAAUAACUCGCGAAUCUAGGUACAACCAUUAGCAGUCUGAGUUCUUUACCAGGUAGCAGGGCAACAGAGAGUGAAGGGCCGACACGUGCCAGGGUGCUGUAGGUAAUGGCCAGGAGGUUUAGACCAUUGACUGUAACACAGACACAGCCAAGGUAAGAUCCAUACAUGCAUUACUAACAAGAAAGUGAUUCCUACACCUUGAGUAGAGAGAGGGCUAAAUGUGGAAAAGUCUUUAAAUAGAGCUAACUAAACCACAGUGGUCAGCAAAGCCAGAAUGGUUUGUCUGUUGUUUGUUUUCAUCCAGUGUUUGUUUAGCUUUCACCCAGCUUGAGGGAUGGUAAUUGCUAGUUUCCUCCAGUGUGCUUUAAGGACCCUGAGCUUCAGCAUAACUGGUAGUCCACACAUACACUGCCAUUCACUGCUGCCCCCAUUCAUCAUACAACCAUCAUUAGGCAAACGGCCUCAAGACAACCAACAUACACCAAUAAAAUCCUGUAUCAUAAAAUAGUCCAAUGAUGACUAUUUUAAAGAAGGCAUUUCAAAAAGAGGUUUUAGGAAACAUUGAAAAAAGAGACUUUACAUAAUUAUUAUGCUUAAGACUUUGUGUUACUGGGAUACUAUGUGAAUUUUGAGAAAGUAGCCUGUUCAAAAGAACCCUGGCAAUUUUACUAUAUGUAAAUAUUUUAAGUGAAUAGGAAAAUUAUUAGAAUUCUGCAAUAGCAAUGCACUUGUUUUCAGUUACACUAGAGCAAUUUAUUUCAGUCAUUCGUAUCAGGUCACACUCAUGGGGCAAAAGGGCUCUUCAAAAAUUGUCUUUCCAAGAUCAAUUGCUUACAGAUACUCUUCAAUGAUCUGAACACACGCAUUUCUGAUAAACUGUUACUUUAAAAAAUGUUGAUCUCUACUUAUUGUUUCUACUGAUUCCAAUAUUAAUACACAUAAUGCUGUCCUCUGAAAAUGUUGUUUGCAAGAAAUAAUAAAAUGUGAUGAUCUGUUCCACCAUA